UUUAAAAUCCCCUCCGUUAUAUUCAUCAGAAUCACUCCAACAUUUCAACCGAAAGAAACCUCUCUCUCUCUCUCUCUCCCAUGCGUUUCUCAAAAAACCAAAGCUAUUAGUUUAGUUGCUUCCUUAUUUUCUUCGCCAGAGAUCGCAGGAUGUCGUCACCGAGGUUCCCAGGUGGUGGAGCCUCCGAUUUCUACGGCGGAGCAGGAGGAUUUCCCAGUCAGUUCACGGCGGUUCAACCCACCAUGAACAACCACUCCGCCACCACACCCCGCCCUCUCUACCGAUCCCAACCUUCAAUUCUGCUUAAUCCCUCGUCCCACAUCGCCCAACACCAACCAUCCCCUCUCAUCGGGAAACGCACCCUCGCCGAAUUCCAAACCCACAACCUCAACAGCAGCAACAACAACAACAAUAACCCACUCCUUUCAAACUAUCUACUUCGUUCUGUGAAGCCCAGAACUUUCCAACACACAGAAUUAUCCACCUUUCCGUCAAAUCGUUACGGCCUUCCCCUUCUCCACCACCUUCGCCCUAACGCCGUUAACGCGCAACAACAACAACCGGUUACGAAUUCGAUCCUCCCCAACACAAAUUAUUUCCCUCCGGUUCGCAGCAGACUAACCGCACCCCACGAACUGGAGAAGAACUCAAUAGACCGCCGCCUCCAGGAGUUGGAAAAGCAGCUUCUAGAAGACAAUGAAGACGAACAAGGCGACGCCGUUUCGGUCAUUACCACCACCACCACCACUUCCGAAUGGUCACACACAAUACAAAACCUAAUCACUCCGCAGAAACCCACGUCUUCGUCUCCCACUUCCUCUACGACGUCCUCCAACUCCUCCGUGGAAUCCACCAGUUCCAAACAGUCCCUAACGGAGGCCGCGAUCGCAAUUUCAGAAGGCAGGUUCGAUACCGCGACGGAGAUCCUAACCCGAUUAUUGCAGAAUUCGGAUCAACGCUUCAUCAAUUGCAUGGUUUCCGCGCUCAAAUCGCGGAUGAAUCACGUCGAGUGUCCACCACCGGUAGCGGAAUUGUUCAGCAUAGAACACGCCGAGUCAACUCAGUUACUAUUCGAACACUCGCUCUUCUUCAAGGUCGCGCGCAUGGUCGCCAACAUCGCAAUCCUCGAAUCCGCAUUAACCGAGAACGGGAAGCUGUGCGUGCUGGAUUUCGAUAUCGGCGACGGGAACCAAUACGUGAGCCUUCUCCACGAGCUUUCGGCGCGGCGGAAGGGAGCUCCGUCCGCCGUGAAGAUCGUCGCGGUGGUGGAGAACGGCGCCGACGAGAGGCUGAACAGCGUGGGCUUGUUGCUGGGGAGACACGCGGAGAAGCUAGGGAUUGGUUUCGAAUUCAAAGUGCUGAUUCGGAGAAUCGCCGAGUUGACUCGCGAGUCGCUGGAUUGCGACGCGGACGAGGCGCUGGCGGUGAACUUUGCGUACAAGCUUUAUAGAAUGCCUGACGAGAGCGUCUCCACGGAGAACCCACGCGACGAGCUUCUGCGGCGCGUGAAGGCACUCGCGCCGCGCGUGGUGACGCUAGUGGAGCAGGAGGCGAACGCCAACACGGCGCCGUUCGUGGCGCGCGUGUCGGAGUUGUGCGCUUAUUACGGCGCGCUGUUUGACUCGCUCGAGUCGACGAUGGCGCGAGAGAACUCGGCGCGAGUUAGGAUCGAGGAGGGACUGAGUCGGAAGCUGGGGAACUCGGUGGCGUGCGAAGGAAGGAACCGCGUGGAACGGUGCGAGGUGUUUGGGAAGUGGCGAGCGCGUAUGAGCAUGGCUGGGUUCAUGUUGAAGCCGCUGAGUCAGCGAGUCGCUGAGUCGAUCAAAGCGCGACUCGGUGGCGCUGGGAACCGAGUCGCGGUAAAAGUAGAGAACGGUGGGAUUUGCUUUGGCUGGAUGGGAAGAACUCUCACCGUCGCAUCUGCUUGGUGUUAAUUAGUUAACUCUACUUUUUACUUUUUAUUUUCUAUGGAUAUUGUAUACACAUUGUUAUUAUAUUUUAAUGUUACAUAGAGAUUAUGGAAAGCUAAAAAAACCAUAGAGUUGGAAAAUUGUGUUAAAGUAUACCCCACUCCUCUUCCUUCUCCCAACCAAGCCAUAGUAAAAAGUGUUUGGAUUCCGAGAAAAUUUAUGUGACUUGAUGCAGCAUUUAUGAAUAUAAUGAUUCAUUUAUGUACUUUUAUAACCAUCA